AUGACCGACGCCGCCGCCUCGUCUUCCCGCCGGAGGAUGGAGGCCGUCCGCCGCCAUCUCCUCCCUCGGCCGCCGCCCGUCCUUAGCCUGAAUCAGCUAAGCGCCCCGGAGGCAGGACAGAGCCCGGUGAUCAUCGGCGGAAUGGUGCUGGACAUCCACGCGAAGCCAUCCGUGCCGCCACAUCCUGGCACCACCGUUCCUGGGAUGGUUAAGUACAUCGGUGGGGGAGUAGCUAGAAAUAUUGCUGAGUGCAUGGCUAAGCUUGGGACUCAACCACUCAUGAUUAGUGCCAUUGGAGAUGAUAUGGCAGGGAAUUUUCUAUUGAAGUACUGGAAGUUAGCUGGACUAUGUACAGAUGUAGGAAUACUGCAGGUUCCUGAUAUUACAACCCCAGUAGUAUCAAAUGUAUUUGAUGGGAAUGGAGAAUUAUUUGCUGGUGUCGCGAGUGUGCAAGCAGUUGAAACUUUUCUUACCCCUAGCUGGAUAUAUCAGUUCUACCGCCGCAUCUCCACUGCACCUCUACUAAUGCUUGAUGCCAAUUUAUCUCCUGAGUCACUUCAAGCCGCUUGCAAAGUAGCAUAUGAAUCAGGGGUGCCUGUGUUAUUUGAGCCUGUCUCGGUGGUAAAAAGUUCAAGAAUCGCACCAAUUGCGGAACAUAUAACUUGCACUUCCCCGAAUGAGAUUGAGCUUAUUGCCAUGGCAAACGCACUGUCUACUCCAGGGAAAUACAACUUUGUCAAACUUGAGCAGUGCAACAACAAAGCAGAAUCUGUAGAUUAUUUGUUCGAAAUGCUCAGCCCAGCAAUGCUUUUUCUUCUCGAAAAGGGCAUCAAGCUUCUCCUGGUGACACUUGGCUCGAAUGGUGUUUUCAUAUGUUGCAGAGAGCACGUCAACUUCAUGAAGGAUCAGAAAAGGUGUAAAGUGACGCCUUUCUCAACUCAGCUACUUGAAAAAUUGGAGGGAUGUUCUCUAUCCAGCAUGCCUGUUAAUUUGUCUAGAGAAGGUUCUUCCAGAACUUGUGUUUUCCAUUUACCUGCAACAUCUGCCUCUGUGGUCAGCCUCACAGGCGCGGGUGAUUGUUUGGUUGGUGGGUUCCUUUCAUCUCUAUGUGGGGGAUUGGAUAUUAUGCAAAGUGUUGCAGUUGGGAUUGCUGUAGCAAAGGCGUCCGUUGAAUCUGAAGCUAACAUACCUGCCAAUUUUUCUGCUGCAAGCAUCGCAGGUCUGUCACAUGAAUCUUUAUCAGCUUCUCUGUUUUGUGGGAUUGGUUAUUGA